AUGACUACAGAAUCUUUGAGAGGUGGUGAAAGUGAGAAUGAAGUUGAUCAAUCAAUCGACCCUAAUCUAUUACACUUACCGAUGAUCGAUGGUUCCUUAGAACUAUUUAGACAUUUUGCUAAACAAAUCAAUCUUGAAGAUAUUGAGAGAGAGGCAGAGCUCAUCCAUUGGAGUCAUAUGCAUCCACUAAUCCUUUUUGAUGUACAAAAGGAUGAUGAUAUCAAGGAUGAGAUUACGUUAUGUGAUGGUUGUGUGCAACCAAUAUCAUUUCCAUUUUACCGUUGUGGUCAAUGCAAUUAUUUUCUCCAUUUAUGUUGCGUCAACUUACCACGAGAAUUGCAGCACCCAAUUUACGAUGAACACCCACUGCAACUUUCUCAGCAUAGUAAAUUCUACGAGACCUUCUGGUGCAAUGCUUGCUGGGUAUACAGCAAUGGAUUCUUCUAUGAGUGUCAAGCAUGUGAAUUCUUCCUUGAUGUCAAAUGUGCUUUCCUACCUACUUCGAUUGCACAUCGAGCUCACAAGAAUCCAUUGGUUCAAAUGAAAGGUUCUGGUUCAGAAGAUGUCUGCAAUGCAAGUGGUUUUUACUUCUCUACAAGCGGAUUUAAAAGUGAUGAUUGCAAGUUCAAAAUACGUCACGCCCUUACUCUGCUCCCACGUACCAUCAGGCAUAGAUGGGACAAACAUCCCCUAAUCCUAUGUUAUCCUCCAUUUAGUGAUCAUCCUGAUGAGUUUCAUUGUGAAAUGUGUGAGGACGAAAUAAACCCCAACUAUUGGAUCUAUCAUUGUAGUGAUUGUGAUCAAUCGUUUCAUCUUGACUGCAUUAAAGACUUCUAUUCAAACGUCAAGUAUGGGGGCACCCUUGAUGUAAAUUGUCACCCAUGCCCUCUAACAUUUGCACGGAAAGCAAAGAAGAGGUUCUCGUAUUACAACUGUGGUCUUUCUACUGAUAGGGAUAGUCCCAUUUUCGAAUGUGGAGAAUGUAAUUAUACAUUGUGCUUAAAAUGCAUUACUAAGCAUAUUUUGAUUUAA